ACAGUACGUGCUCAAGAUCAUGAACAUAAGACAUGACCGCGUAUCAUUUUAUCUUAACUUUUUUUUUUAGUCUGUAAUGUAACCAAGUGCCGGCAUAUUUACUUUUGAAUAUUUAAAUAUUUUUUUAAUUAGAUUACCGCUAGAAUAUAAUUUAAUUUUCAUUUUUAAAUUAAUUAUCAACUGAUUAGUCAUCAAGAUCAACUUGACAAUUGAUUACAAUAAUAAAUAAUGGGCCAGGCAGUUACAAGAACUGAUUUUGAAUGGGUUUACACUGAGGAACCUCAUGCAAGUCGUCGUAAAUUAAUACUAGAAAAGUAUCCCCAGAUAAAAAAUUUAUUUGGAUACGAUCCGAAUUUCAAAUGGGUUGUGACAUUUAUGGUGAUGAUUCAGUUUGCAUCCAUGUUUAUUGUCAAAGAUUUGAAUUACCCGAUGCUAUUUCUGCUGGCUUAUUGUUUCGGUGGAGUUAUCAAUCAUUCUCUUAUGCUAGCUAUCCACGAAAUAGCUCAUAAUCUUGCCUUCGGACAUUCAAGGCCCAUGGCCAAUAGAUUGUUUGGAUUUUUUGCUAAUUUGCCAAUAGGAUUGCCGAUAUCUAUAAGUUUUAAAAAGUACCAUUUGGAACACCAUCGUUACCAAGGUGACGAGUAUCUUGACACAGACUUGCCAACUCUGCUGGAAGCUAAACUAUUUUGUACGACGUUCGGCAAAUUUUGCUGGGUUUUAUUACAGCCAUUUUUCUAUUCAUUCAGACCAUUGAUAACUUAUCCAAAGCCUCCAACAUAUUGGGAGUAUGUUAAUUUAGUUAUACAAUUAAUUUUUGAUGCUAUAGUUUGGUAUUUCUUGGGUGGAAAAGUAUUAGUAUAUUUAAUACUGGGCGGAGUGAUGGCAAUGGGACUACAUCCGGUUGCCGGUCACUUCAUUUCAGAACAUUACAUGUACAAAAAAGGAUACGAAACAUACAGUUACUACGGCCCGCUAAAUCUCAUAACAUUCAACGUCGGGUAUCACAAUGAGCACCACGACUUUCCCGCCGUUCCCGGGUCCCGGUUGCCGGAAGUCAAAAGAAUUGCCGCGGAGUUCUACGAUGAGUUGCCGCACCACAACUCCUGGUCCGCUGUGAUCUAUGACUUCAUAAUGGACCCGGACAUCGGACCCUACGCGCGAAUAAAACGCAAGCACAGAGGCUUGAAAUCAUGAAUAACCAAUUAAUAACUGAUAGAUGAAUUUUAUAAUAUAUACAUAUUUAUUAUAUAUAUUUUUACGAGGUAAUUUUACAAGUUAUUGAUACAAUUAUUGCGAUGACACUGAUAAAAUUAAGUAUUUUAAAUUGUCAUAGAGUUUUAAACGGACAGACUCAAAGUAACAGAACUCCUAGACGUCUAUUCCAAUUUAUACAAUUAAAUUUAUUAAUAUUUACAAUACCGUUUUAUAUAUUUAUCUUUUGAGUGGCUGUAAGCACAAUGGGUUCUUUACAAACUUAAAUUAUUAUCAUCGUCUCCUGAUUAAAGCUGGUAAUUAAAACGUUCCAUGUCUUCGUCAAUACAUUUCAAUUUUCUAGUCCGUUGAUUUAUCUUGCGUUAAAUUCCACACUUUGCCAUAAAAGUUAACAACUUUUCUCUGUAUUAAAAAUCAUAAACAAACUUAAGUAUUAUUACGUAAUAAAAUAAUCAAACCAACAAUAAAUUAAAAUUCA